AUGAUCGCCGCGUCAGAACCGGUGGAAUAUACUCCAGGUGGCCGACAGAUAAUCUCAAGGCAUCCUGGAUCCUUAAUUAAUCAACAAUUGUCUAGUAAUCGAACUGGCGAAAAUAUCCUAUUAAAGAGAUUCAGUGAAGUGAAUAUAUCAGAAAAAUCCCCUAAAGAGAAAUGGUUGGUACGUGAUAGUAAGACAUGUGGAGAGGAAGAAUUGUAUUAUUCUGGUAAAGUAGCAGUUCAUUGCAAAGGCAAUCAGACUACUCGAAUACUUAAAGCAACCUAUACAUGUGAAACUGAUAUUAAGCAUGCCCUUUGGUGUAAGUUUCAUACAAGUAUUCCAGAUCAUUUGACUAAGGGUAAAGAAUAUGAGGAUGAAAGAUCCAUUGGUAAAUCCAUAGAAUGUGUUUGCUUACUUGAUACAUAUACUCUGAAGGUCUUCACAGAAAGUGGUGAAGAUUAUGUUUCUACUCUACAAUUUCAGGUUUCUGCUGUAUGGCCAACAAAAUAUGGAAUCAUACUGGAAAAAUCUCAAGUACCAAUUACAGAAUCAAGAUAUGUAUCAUUUGAAAACAGCAGAUUACCGUCGCAAACCGAUAGUAAUUUACCAAUAGCCUUUUCAUUAAUGCAUCCACUGGAUGAGAUUUAUCCUCUACUUAUUAAGCAUGGAUCUGUGUCAUAUAUGAGUGAUUCGAAUCAGCAAAUUAUAUUUACCAGUUCGGAACCAUCCUUGGCAGUCGUAUAUGACACUAAGUCUGGCUUGCAUUCUGUUUACAAGAUCCGUAAAGCAUUAGCGGAAGAACGUCAAAUGGUUUGCGGGACUAACGAGACGACGCUUAGUUUACUUAAUCAUUCGACUAAUGCAUCACCGUUAAAUGUCGGCAGUAAUUUAUCCGGGAAUAAAAGUUUGGUCAACAAAGGUCAUUUGAGCAUUUUUGGAGCUACGAAUUUACAGAUCAGCAACAUAGGCCUGGGAUUAUCCAAUACUCCGUUCGGAUCGCGUACUGCUUCUUAUAACACCAAUUGUUCUGGCGGACCAUCACCCUCGCAGCAGCAGCAACAAUCGCGCUCGCAAAGCUCGAUGGCUACUAUCUCUCGCUGUCAAUCGCCUACACAUUCGGCCCUGUCUCCUUUAUUAGGAGCACCAUCCAACCCGAUCUACAAUAAUAGAUUACAUCAGACCGUUAUGGUGACUGCUUUGAAUCAAACGCAGAAUAGUCCAAUCGGCAGUUACAACAGUAUCCAACUGAAGAAUGUUGCCACAGUGGGCAAACCUUUGUGUCCCGAGAUCUGUCUCGAUCACGUAUGGACAGAAAGCGCUGGCAUAUCAAAAGAUAUCGUUUACGGUCGUGCAUCAAAGGUUCUCCUAACGUCGGAUCUUGUUGGACAGAGUUAUUUAGGCUAUUUGGUUCCGAAUCGUUCGCAAUUCUUUUUAGUGAGAUUGGAGAAGACUAAUAAACAACAACGAAUCAUCUUCGGAAUGGUAACGAGCGUCACGGCUAAAGAUGCCGUUAGCUUGCCGAAUCUGAACAUGAUAGCGACUGUAGAUUUGUCAAAUAAUAUAGUAUUAUACACGGGAGUCACAUGCGUGGGCAAAUUGCAUAUUUCCGGCAUGCUGUCGAAUCUUACGGGGAACAAUUAUUUUCUAUCGAACAGCAAUCCGAAGCCUGAAUCUCCAUUUCCGAGAAGAAGCUCCUUAAUCUCUCAGAGCUGUGCCGCUUCUCAUGAGAUCAAAUUUGAGGAGGUUUUGCAUUUACUGAGCCCUGUAGGCGGUAAUUGUGCUCGCCCGCCGAUACUCUUGGAGAACUCGUUGCUGGAUGCGAACUUGGUUACGCUGAAAGAAGCAGUGGGCAAUCAGAUAACCGUGGAAUGCGGAAAUAAACAAUAUUUCCGCAUAACAUUACCCAUAUCCAGCACAUCUCCUUUGGUUACUAAAUGCUUACACACUUUGCGAAGUGUACUUCAAAGAGACUUAGCUAUGGAAUUGCUGGUUAAAUGGUAUGGCGCUAGAAAUGCUCCAGGCCCACAAGAUUUUUCACCGGUACGUGAAUGGGAUCUCUUUCUCGUGGUUUUGUUUACAUUAUUAGGAUACGACGUCGAAAAGUUGCACAUAAUUCAAAACAACGAAAAGGACCAAUUUGCGGAUCGUAAUAGUCCUAUGGUGCUACCGAAAAAGCAAAAGACCAGCAACUGCGGGUCCACGGACGAUUGGCUGCACUUGCUGAAUUCCAGCGAGUACAAGAACUCUCAAGUUUCUAUUUCGAACGUGUUGAGAAGCCAGAAAGUAUCCAGCUUCCUUCGCGCAAUGUCUCAAGAUGCCACAGAAUCGAGCAAUAUCGGCAAGAUAAAUGCGCAGGCCGUUCUAUUUCCGCAUCUUCCGCUUAUUCUGUUUUCUCUUCACCUUCUUUACGAGGAGUUAAAGUUAAACAGCGUCAUAUCGGAGAGUCUGCCGUUGCUCGGGCAGCUCCUGUAUCAAUUAAGUGUAGACAUGAAGUUCGAGAUGUACGCUCAUCACUACUUCCUUGACUCGCCGUCUUUGUGCCAUUUGAAGACCGCGACAUCUCAAAUCAGUGACGCAGACCUGCAGAAAAUCACGAUACCAAAUUACAUACCGCGGAAGCCACCGGACGUGUUCGAAACGUUGGACAACAUGCUGAAUGGAAUAGACGUCGUCACGUAUCCGUACUUGGGUCACGUCAAUCCGAAAACGAGGAAUCUAAUAUAUAUAACGGCACUGAUAGCGAAUGAGAAUUGCACGAACGUGGUGGAAAUGGAGAAGUACAUCAAGUUAAUCGUCCCCGCUGGUAGUCGCGUUGAUCCUCAGGAAAGUAGCAAGUCCGACAAAGAGAUGCUAAAGAGGUCGGAGAAACCCGCGACGGAUCAAAUAGUAUUGUUGUAUCAUGAGAUGGAUAUGACGAAACAGGAUCUCGAGAUACUGCCACCUGCGGUGUCCUUGAUGAUCAGAGAUGUUAUACACAGAUGCAGGGAAUGCCCGCCGUCGAAUUGGCCUAUGCGCGUGUACGAGCUUGUAGAUCGUCAAGAUUUAGCAGCGUUAGACAGGCAUUUAAAACCACCGAAAUCACGUCAGUAUGUUGACGGCGAGACGAAGAAUUACACAGUGAAGGAUCCCGAGCAAGACGACGGCAUGGGAUUUGACGAUACGAUACUGAAAUUGCGAUUCAGUAAGGAUCAUAGAGUCGCUGAAGUGCGUAGAUUGCUAAAUUCUUCAAAACCGGUGAGGAUAGCGAUAGUCCAGAGGUCAAAUGUAAGCGAUCACGAGUUUAUAGAAGAGCAAGAGAGACACUUGCACACACUGUGCACGAGAACAAUGGCAUUGCCUGUAGCUAGAGGCAUGUUUACGCUGAGGACUUCCACCCCGAUGAUAACGGAGCAAUUGCCUAUUCCACGACUAUGCUUGACCGGAAAGGCACCACCACGUGGAACUACCGUCGAGUUAGCACACAUAGACGUUCCCCCCAACAUGAAUCUCUGGCCGUUAUUUCACAAUGGCGUAGCUGCUGGCCUGUGCAUACAUCCGGAUGCUGCUAACAUCGAUUCGACGUGGAUAGUGUACAAUAAGCAGCAACAGGGCGAAUACGGAGUAGAACAUUCGGGGUUCCUGAUGGGUCUUGGUUUAAACGGACACUUGAAAAACUUGGCUCCAUUAAGUACAUACGAGUAUCUGGUCGAUUGUCACGAGGCUACUAGUGUUGGGCUUCUUCUGGGCUUGUCGGCGACGCAUCGUGGCACGAUGAACGUGUCUAUGACUAAGCUAUUGUCGUUACACGUGGAAACUCUCCUGCCACCUACCAGUAUCGAAUUAAACGUGCAACAAAAUGUUCAAGUAGCAGCAUUGAUGGGCGUUGGCCUCGUCUACCAAGGAACUGCGCACAGACACAUCUCACACGCUUUGUUAUCUGAAAUCGGUAGACCACCAGGACCUGAAAUGAAGAACUGUGUGGACCGCGAAUCGUAUUCCUUGGCAGCAGGAUUAGCGUUAGGUUUAGUCAUACUUGGUUCCGGCGGCGGAGCGGACUUACCGGCGAGUAUACCUGACACUCUGCACUACUACAUGGUCGGUGGACACGUAAGGCCGUUCUCUGGAGCGCAGAAAGAUAAAUACAAGUCGCCCAGCUAUCAAAUACGCGAGGGCGAUUCGAUAAAUAUCGACGUAACGAGUCCCGGAGCAACGAUAGCUUUAGGAUUAAUGUAUUUCAAUACUGGAAAUCGUGCGGUAGCCGAGUGGAUGCAAGCCCCCGAUACGGAAUAUUUGUUAGAGUUUGUAAGGCCGGACUUUCUGCUACUAAGGGUGCUCGCCAAGUCGUUGAUUUUGUGGGAAGAUAUCCAGCCGACCAAAUCAUGGGUCUCCAGUCAUGUACCUCAUAUAGUUUAUAAAUACCGAUUGCAGAAACCUGCGCCAGAAGCUACGCAAGAUGUGGAUUUAGAAACUAUCAACCAGGCCUAUUGUAACAUUAUAGCUGGUGCCUGUAUGGCUUUAGGAUUGCGAUACGCAGGCACUGCUAAUAAAAAUGCCUUCAAGACUUUAUACAAUUACGCUCAGAUGUUUACGGCGCUCUCACAUAAAACUAUAGCCGAACUGGCUGGUAAGUCGACCGUUGAAACGUGCCUAAACGUUGUUCUGCUUUCAACCGCAGUGGUAAUGGCGGGUACUGGCAACUUGGACGUGUUGAGAAUAUGCAGGCAUGUACGCACUCGUGUGGGGCCUACUAGCAGUGUUGUCACGUACGGCUCCCAUUUGGCAACGCACAUGGCUCUCGGACUUCUUUUCCUAGGUGGAGGUAGAUACAAUCUUUCCAAUAGUCCGAAUGCAGUGGCGGCUCUUAUAAUUUCGCUUUUCCCGAAAUUCCCGACUCACAGUAACGACAAUAGGUAUCAUUUACAAGCAUUGCGUCACUUGUACGUAUUAGCAGCUGAGCCACGCGUUAUUUUACCGAAAGAUAUAGACACUGGUCAGUAUUGUUAUGCGACAAUACAUCUGACAUUCGAGACCGAGAAAGAAGCCGAAGGACAAGAGAUCAGCCUGCAAGCGCCAUGUCUGUUACCGCAGUUACGUAGCUUGAAAAAAGUCGAGUUAAAAGACUCGAGAUACUGGAAGAUUAUAUUUGAGAAACAUCAUAACUGGCAAAAAUUGGAAAAUAUGUUGGAGAGACGUGAUUUUUUGAAUAUUAAGCAAAGAGCUGGUUGCUUGUCGUAUCUGGAAGAUCCUCAUGGAUUCAGAACUUUAAUGGCUCAAACAUUAACGACAGAAAAUGCAAUCGCGUGGGCUGCACGACCAGAAUAUGUCACAGCGUUCACAAAUGACAAAACUGUAUUGAACAUAAUAACGUACUUUCUACAAUGGCUUAAAAAAGAAAUUCGCCCCGAAAAUAUCAAGCAUUCGUCGCAAAAUGAUAUACAAUGCAAAAUGCAAGAAUUUGAACGAUAUUUUCUUCAUAUAUUCGCAAUAAUUCUAUACGAGUGCAUCACCAAAGAUAAAGUGAGCCUCAUACCAUUAUGGCUACAUAUAAUGAAGAACUUGAAGAUAAUCGAGGAGCAACCAAACAGUUUUUCAAUGUGGCAAAUCAAGCUUGUUUCGUCACAAAUCUCCAAAAUAUUGAAUUCCGUGGAUAAGGCAAAUCCAUUACUCAGCGUGGAAAGUAUGCUCGCAAUCAAACAAAAAACUGCGAUUAUUCUGGACAAAUGGGAACAUGAUUUGAAACCUUUGCUUAAGCAAUACCUCGUUAAUGGAACGGUACAAGCUGAUGUUGAAUCUCUAGCUAAAAUGUGUGCUUAUUUUGUAUUCUAUCGUAUUCCGUAUCCAAUCAAUGAUAAGAUCUGUAAGUUUCCAUAUCUAUUGAAAUUCAAUCAUAUUACUAUUUUAAUGUUCACUAAUUCAUAUUUCUUACGUUUCUUUUUAGCGAGUUCGAUUUUACUGACGCAACCCUCUAGUAUACCAAGUAUUACAUUGUACAAAUUACGUAAUAUUCUACAAUCUACUUGA